UUGAUUCUGUGGGUUGAACAUAAACAGUUUCCUAUAAAUCAGUACAGCGUAUUUACAUAUGAUCAGAUUCGCUCUCUUAUCGAAUGAAUGAUCAUCUAACGGGAGAAUAUUAUAGUGGAUGUAGACUUUUCCGCCGCACCAAACCAAUUAAGACAUCCUUUUAUAAUGAAUUUUUUACAGCUGGCCAAGAAUUUCUUCAGCCUGCAGAAGAAGGCGUAACUUAAAUAUAUCAUGGUGGCAGAAUGCUGCAGUCUUCAGGAAGUUGUAUAUUUGAAUCCAUUCAACGGGGUGAGAUCGAUCGAGUUUCCCAUUUAUUACAGCAGGAUCGGGGUCUUUUGAAACAAAAAGGUUGGGGAGGUUUCACAGCCCUCCACUUUGCUGCUGUUCAUGGAAACCGGCCAAUGGCUGAGCUUCUGCUGAACAGCGGUGCUGAUCCAAACAUUCCCUGUGAUGCAGGACAAACUCCUUUACACUUUGCUUGCAGAAAUGGCAAUAUUUAUAUCAUGCACAAAAUGAUGCAGCACGGUGCAGACUUACACAUAGUAGAUGAGCAAGGGAAAACAUCUCUUCAUCAUGCAGUCGGUGGAGGAAGCGUUAUUGCCAUGCAGUACCUCUGGGAGACUGGAAUGUUCCGUUUCACAGAUGCCGAUAACUAUAAGGUCACUCCGCUGCAUUUGGCAGCUUCCACAGGCAAUUCUGACGUAGUCCGCUAUCUCCUUAGAGCAAAUAGAUGCACACCAGAGGCAGUUGACCACCAGGGGGCGACAGCACUUCACGUGGCUGCAGAGAAAGGCAUGAUUGAGGUGUGCUGGCUACUGUUGAAGAGUGCCGGGCUCCACAUUUUACACAUGAAAAACCACACUGGCCUCACACCUCUAGACCUCUGUAAUCAAGGGAAUACAUUUAGACAUCAGCAGCUCUCCAGGAUUUUGACACAUUUCAGUCAACAACCAAAAGAUCUGAUUCCUAAGGACUCAUAUGUCAUGUACAUUUGGAUGCUGCUGGUGCCGUCUCUCAGCGGGGCUGUGGUUCUCAUUAUAGCUGCAGCUGUUGGGGAAUAUGGCGCUAUCCUCUCUGCAGUGCUUUUCCCCUGUUUGGCAAAAGUCAUUCUUUCUCAAUAUCAUAGACUGAGCAGCUUUCAAAGGUUACCAAACCCUGUGUACUUGGGAACACUGACUGCGGGUGUAAUUCAUUCCGCAGCUUGCUUUCUCUAUAAAUUUUUACCUAGUUUUUGGCCAGCUUACACCCUCUUCAAUUUUUCACUUGUCCAUUUUUGUGUGCUCGUUGGACUUUUUUGGAAAGUUCUAAAUCAGAACCCAGGACAACUCAAAGAAGCUGACACUGAUUCCCAGUUUUCCAGCAUAGGAGACUUAAUAGAAGCCGGAAAGAGCCCGGACAGAUUCUGUAUUUACUGUGAGUUGAUCCAAGUGGACAACUGUAAACACUGCCGUUUGUGUGACAUGUGCAUCCAAGACUAUGACCACCACUGCCUCUUCCUCAAUCAAUGUGUGGGACGGAACAACCAUCGCAUCUUCAUCCUCUUCAUCAUAUCUAUGGUAAUGUCUCACCUCAUCUUCAUCCUCAGUGCCGUGUACUACCUCUCCCUUAAACUCUCAGGCUUGCAGAUGUCUGACUGGGGCUCAUUGGCGGGAAGAGAGGCCUCAGUGCUCCUGCUGACUCUGCUCAAUAUAUUCUCUCUGAUCUGGGUGGGAUGGUUGCUAGUUGAGCAGCUUGAUGCCAUUUCCAUGGGAACCACCACCUAUUUUAGGCGGUACGACAACAAAGGGCCUUCUAAAAGACAACGAUUGGGAACAAUCCUCACUUUUUUGCUUGAAGGGAGAAGACAGGAGCACAACAGUCUUUCAGUAUAGAGAGGCAUUUUGAAAUUCCAAGCAACAUCAUGUUUUAGUCUCAUAUUUUUGUUUGUAAAGGCUUGAAUAUAUAACUUCUGUUACAUAAUUCACAGUCCCGUAGUGUAUGAUGGGCUCAGAUUCAGAUUUUCUAGCUUCAGACUAUGAUUUUAUCCAUUCAAAGGAUAUCAAACAUGAUCGAUAUUUUGCGCUGAUUUUAGACCAUACAUUGUUUUCAUUUCUCAUGUACCUCCUAUCAAAGAGGUGCAUGUUUCGGCGAGAGUUAUGUUUGGAACAACCUGAAAGUCAAUGCGAUCCUUAGUCGUUUAGUGAUUUUUUUGGGGGGGGGGUAACCAUUUACAAUGUCAGCAAGUGUGUGAUGCAUAUUGUGUUAAAAACUGUUCAGAGUCUAAAAACUGUAUAGUGCAUUCCAGCCUUAAUUUACAGGGAAUAUUCCCUGAAUUUAAGAUUGUUAAUUUGAGACUCCCAUAGCUUGUAAAAAUAAACACAAAAAAUGACAUUACCUAAAUUAUAAAUAUUCAAAAUAGCACUUUACAUAAACAAAGGUCACUGCUGCCUUGCCUUCCCAAAACUGUAUCUGUAUUUUUUUUUUUUUAUAAGAAACAUUUUUAAUAAAUGUCUUUGCGUGUAAAUUUAUAGUUUGAUUUUAUUUCAUUUUUUGUAGUAAAAAAUAAAUUUGUAAAGGAUGGAAAUGGAUGUCCAGUCAUUUAUUAGCAUAUUAUAUUGGGAUGAAGUAUUUGAUUUUGUUAUUCUACAAAAUAAAGAUUAAAACAUUUGUUUUGUAACAUUAAUUUAAGCAUUAGGAUUGUGAAGCCUCUCAUACUGCAUUCUCAGCCCUGCUUUUAAGAUGGGUGUCCAUCAUCAAUCAUCUGCGAGGCCUGUGUAGUCUGCUGCUAAUUUUCCAUUGAUUUUUCUGCAGUGAUACCAUGCAGGGUGGGGGAUCUGCAGACCUAUAUCAUUGGUCUAAGUGACAUGGCAAUGAGUAAAGGCAUUUUUAUACUAUUGUGGCAAAGUCCUGCAAAUGCAAGAUAGCUUAUUCAGUCUUACAUUCAAGGUUAUUCAUGAGACAUCCAAGACUAGGGUUUGGUUCAAGCCAUUUGUUGUAUUUUCUUAGACAACCUCUUGAUCUGUAUGAGGCAUUUGUUUCCCUAUCAGUUGAAAACUCUUCAGUCUUUCACAGUGAAUCAGUGCAUCAUGUGCUCAUCUUCAUUCCCUCUAUAUCUAUUAUUAAAUUAAAUGAUAAUUCAGUCUAAUUGCUAGUUUAUUUGGUCCCAUGCUAGACUCGGCCUGGAUGAAUUGUAUUUUAAUGAAUAUUUUACUUGGAGUCUGAAUUACAUUUUGAGACACCCAGAUUUUCCUCCUGUAUCGGUAUUUACACCUAAUAUUACAUGACUUUGCCAGGGCAAUCACACAUUUUACACUGCCCUUGGCUCGACUCCAUAAAGUAAUACUGUUGUUAUACAUACCACUCUGGAAAAGAGCAACAAUAAAUCUUGACUUGA